AUGGAGAGAGGUUCAGAGACAAUUGACGUCACAUCAGAUGAUAGGACACUCCAGUUUAAUGAUGAAGAUUUAAGAGGUGAGGCAAACGUCAGAAAACGUGAUUAUAAAAUACAAUGAUGUCCACUGGUAGAGCGCUCAUUCAGUUAAUUUUUACAUGAGAACACUCAAGAUAGAAGUAAAACAUCUAACAGCAAAUAUUAGACCAAUUUUAUUUUAAAAAGUAAAAGAAUCACCAUAAGAAUCAUAAGUUACUUAAUUACAGCAAUUGCAGAGGUUUACAAAAAUGAGGGUAAUGAUGAGUACAACAAGGGGAGUUUCAGCAGCGCCAUUGACUACUACACAGACGGAAUUAAAGUGCACUGUAAGGAUAAAGAACUGAACGCAAAACUGCAUAGCAACAGGGCGGCAGCACAUUUAUAUUUGGGUAAGUAUUAAGCGAUGUCGUUGCAAAAUUUGUCCAUAUUCUUGGGAUGCCUUUGUUGUACCCACUUAUAUGUAUGAAAUGUGAGCCUUGAAGGUCCUGGUGUUGAGUUUAAGGUCCAUCUGGUGUCCCUGUGGUUAUCGGGUGAAUUCGUUCCCAGGGGUGCUCCAUAGGGACAGGUAGGAGAAAACCCUGGGACGAGGUUGGUAAAUUUCCUAGGCAAAUAGAAUGAUGACAACAUACGUACGUAAUUCAGGUAUGUCAGCAUACGCAACUUUUCGAUUCGCCUUGCUCUCCGGAAAUCUAUCUACCAAGCGAAAUGAAAGUAGAGCCUGAUCCCAGCUUAGUGCCGGACGAGUUUUCAGUAAUAAAAUAGUUUUGAUUACAAAGUCUCUUAAUUCACAUAAGUCAGUUGUCUUGCUAGUUGGCCAUUCAUCUAGAUCUUUUUUUUUUUUUUUUAACUACUAAAUGAAAUAUAAGACAUCACGUCUUUACCACAUUCGACGCACGUAUAAGAAAUGUAAAAUGUAGAAUGUUCUAGAGGUGUUAAAAUCCUCGAAAAAUCGAAAAAUCCUCUUUUUUCGGAAAGAAAGAGUUGUCACGAAAACCUGAGAUCAUUAAAACUCGUGGUAUCGAUUUCUUAGGUUGAUGAGCCUUUUAGUUUCAGUUCGAAGCGCGGGCUAAAUGUACAUAAUCUUGUUUUGGAACGAUUAGAGAAAGAUAUUAUCUAGUACAUGCAUGCUCUGUUCGAACCGGGUGCAAAGAGCGGACAAGAAUGGAAUAUUUUUCCAGAUUACGAGGAAAGCGCGUGGCCCACCCAACAUACCCUGUGAAGCCCCUGAAAUCUGUGGAUGAUAUUCUUCAAGAUUACAACGCAUCCAAGACAGGAAAGUUGAAGGUAGAAACUUAGUACACUUGGCGAGCUCACUACAAGAGUGCAUGUGUGUCUUGCUUAAAGUACAAAGCUGUACAACGCGAUGGAAUAGCUAAGGAAAUCGACAAAACUAGUGAUCUCAAAAGAGGAAAACAUCGAACUUGUGAUAAGAUCUGGCAGCUCAAGCUGCGGUAACAAGUGUCAGUUCGUCGAAAAAAUCGAGUAGAUCUAGAAGCAGAUCACUCAAACCGCGAAAGUGCCGUAAAUAUUGGCGAUCAAUAAACUUGGACUGAGUGAGUUUGAGGAAACCAGCUUUUCUUAAAAUCACUUUUGCAUCCCAACGACCUUAACAGGGAUUGAAUAACCGAGUCCAAAUAAGGCUUCGUGCAGUCAUGACCGUUGAGCGUUGACACGUACGUACCUAAGCAGAGCAACAAAUUCACGAUUCCGUCAUGACUUCCUUUGUUGAUACUGGCAAUAAAAGGGCUUUCUAAUAUUCACUUACAAAUAUCUAUUUCUGGCGAACAGGGACACUUCUGUUACCCCUCCCCUUUUUGGUAGGACAUUGGAGAGUGACCGUCAAUUUACAGUUAUCAAUACGGCUAUGCCUAGGUUUCCUAUCCCCCCCCCCCCCGAACAAGGUGAAGUUCAUACACUUUAAAAGAUUUUUCAAAUGCUUUUGGCCUGUAACACCCAACAUUGUCCGGGGGGAGAGGGGGGACUAUUAAACAGAUCAUGUGCAAGAGAAAAUGAGCUAGCGUAUUCUCUCUUGUCAUGUGUAACCACGAUUGUAGUUCAUGCUGCUAGUCUGUCAAGCACGAUACUAGGCCCAUCGGCUGCUUCUAGCCUCUGUCUUUGUUUGUUACAAAUGUUUCCUAUGCAUUAAAUCUUUCGAAGGGAAUUACACUGAAGCACUGAAUGAUGCAAAAGUUGCCGUCUACUUACAACCAUCCUUUUUGAAAGCUUUUGGGCGAGGUAGGUCAACUGUAGAUCCAUUGCCAAUAUUUCUUUCCUUACUUGAUAAUUCCUCAAUGCGAAGAUCAUAUUCACUUAAACAUCUUUAUACGCAAUUCUCAAAUAUAUGUUGUUUCAUAUGUUCAAAGUCAUUUUCAUUUCCACGAUUGGGUAUAUCAAGAAAUUCAAAAUGGCCUUCUCUCCAGUUGGCUUGAUUAGUUCAAUAACAACAGUUUGCAUCCGGUCAUCGCAUUGGAUUCCAUUUCCAGUCAAGCCUGAAUUUUUUUCAGUUUUUUUGACCACUUAGAUUGUUCAUUCUACUGCGAUAGUCAUAUUCAAAUUCAUAUAUUUAGUCACACUUACCUACAUUGCAGCUCAGGUGUACAUUUUUCCUCUGCAGGAGCAAGUGCCUGCGUUCAUUUGAAUAAGUUUAACGAAGCCAUCACGUGGUGUGAUAAAGGAUUAGCAGUAUCCUUUACUAAAGCUAGCAUUGAAAUUUCCAAUUAGAGAUAAAGUUAUUCUCCCUACAAACAUUCUUUAUUAUUUUUCCCUAAACUUUAGAAGUGUCUCUUGUGUAGAACCAUAUGCAAGUCUAAAACUAAUAUUGAUCGUUUGCCUGUGAGUACAGAAGUUCUCUCUUUCUGGUGUGAGGCCGGCUCAAGCAAGAGAAUGCACAGUAUACUCCUUUUCAGAUCAACAUUUAUAAUUGAUCAUUAUUAGGUCUUUGCUUUUUGUGUCAGUAAGUGCUUAUGACAAUUUAUUUUAAAGUAUAGUAGCUUUGUAGUUUGCCAGCAUAUUUAAUGUGAAUUAUUGAAAAAAUUUAACUAAUACUGAGAUCGACCCGAAUAACGAGCGGUUGUUGGAAUUAAGAAACACAGCUGAGAGAGAUCAGAAGAAUAUGGAAGAUAAUCAAGAAGAAGAGGUAAGGAUUUAACUACGCAAGGUCUCGCUUCUUUAUGCGCUUCGUUGGAUUUUCCGAAGCAUUGCAUUUUGCAGCUUGCAUUUUCGCAAGAAAAUGAAGCUGCGCUGUGAUUGGCUGUAUCUUGGGAAAGGAAUGUACGUCAGUUUGAAGCAGCCGCGUCCGGGCGAGGAGCAAAGGAGACUACAUAGCUCGCACAAGGUCUACAAAGAAAGACACUUUUAUCGUAUGAUAACGGGAAAGGUGCUUCGCCAAUGGCCAAAAGAAAAAUUUAAAAUACACCUACAUUACUAAAAGAAAGGAGAAAAAUACGAGCAUAAAACACCUUAUAAGACAUGUCAAAUCUUAAACAAAGGCCAGAAAGAAAGGCCAAAAAACCUUGCUCGAGGCCACCAAAAAAACUUCUAAGAGAAACUGGUGUGGCGAAAAUUGGGGGUAAGGGGGCGUAAAUUCUGAAACUAAGUUAGCCAAUAAACUCAUUAGAGUCCAUCUCUUGCAGCUGCUUAGUGAAUAUUUGGCAGGAAAAAGUAAAAAUAAUAAACAAAAACAUGGUAAACAAAGAUGUUGGAGCAUUUUCUUGGGCCACCUUUUAGUGAAAUCAAGUCAUAUACCGCUACACUCAGUAAAAAGGCAUGAGCUCUUUCUUAAAUCCUCAGUAGUUUCGCCAGAAUUAUAAUUGAAAGGAGAUCUAAAGUAUAAUUUUUGCUUGUAGUUAAAUUAUUACUUUUAGAGGAAUGGGAAAUCCCUUGAUCAAUCAGGCCCGCCUUUCUAUGUAUAUAUUUAAGCAAUAGAAAACGUUUUCCGUGUUUGCAUAACCUGAUAUAAACACGACGAGAGGGGUUGGGAGAAUUCGAGACAGUUAUGCAAACCCGAGACGAAGUCGAGGGAUUGCAUAACUGUCGAGAAUUCUCCCAACGCCUCGAGUGUUUAUAUCAGGCUAUGCAAACACGGGAAAAAAGUUUUCUAUUGCUUUUACAAAAUAACUUUCCCGAGAAAAAAACGUAGAAUAUAUAUUAUAUGAUUAUUCCCAGAAGAAACAUUUAAAAAUUGAAAAUCAAGCAACCGUCAUUUAACAUAUGAUUCCAUAUGUUAUUUUUCAGAAAACUUGCACGAAAGGGACACACACAGCUGGCGACAGAAGCACCCGUAAUAAAAUUGACAACUUUGAGGACAGAUUGGGAAAUGGAAAAGCACAUGGCAACGCUGAAAGCGCUCACAGUGAUAGUCUGAGAGAUUUUGGUUCAGGCCCAGACUACCUUAAACGGCGAACAGAAAUUUUGAAAAAAGAAAUUUGUAACAGUUCGCCAGAAGAAAGAAAGAAGGCCAUCUUUCAGAAUAUCGGAGACUUUAAAAGAGCCCUAGACUUUAUUGAACUUGAAUAUAUGCUCAAAAUUACAAAAAUGAGGGGAGACAGAUCGAAAGAAGGACUCGUGUAUUGCAAUCUUGGCAACACCCAUCAAAGUGUGGGAGAUUUCAAGAUAGCUAUAGACUACCAUGAACGUCACCUGAAAAUUGCAAUAGAACUGGGAGACAAGAUGGGAGAGGGAGGGGCGUAUAGCAAUCUUGGCAUUGCCCAUUUUUGUCUGGGAGAUUUUAAGACAGCCGUAGACUUCCAUGAACUUCACCUGAAAAUUGCAAAAGAACUGGGUGACACAUCGGGAGAAGGAAAUGCUUACGGCAACCUAGGCAACGCUUACCGCAGUCUGUGCGAUUUUAAAACAGCCAUAGACUACCAUGAACGUCAUUUGAAAAUUUCUAAAGAACUGGGUGACAGAUCUGGAGAAGGUAGAGCGUAUGCCGGUCUAGGCAGUGCCCACCGCAGUUUGGGAGAUUUUAAAACAGCCAUAGAAUACCAUGAACGUCACCUGAAGAUCGCGAAAGAUAUGGGCCACCGAUCAGAAGAAGGACUGACGUAUGGCAAUCUUGGCGUCGACUAUCAAAUGUUAGGAGAUUUUAAAACAGCCAUAAACUAUCUUAACCGUCGCCUGAAAAUUGCGAAGGAAGUGGGUGACAGAUCGGGAGAAGGGAAGGCACAUUGUAAUCUUGGCAGCGCCUAUUCAAGGUUGAAAGAAUUUGAAACAGCUAUACCCCACUUUGCGCAUAACCUAAAAAUUGUGAAAGAACUGGGUGAAAAAUCGGGAGAGGGAUCGGCUUAUGGCAAUCUUGGCAACAUCCAUUACAGUCUGGGAGAUUUUAAAACAGCCAUUGACUAUCAUAGGCGGCAACUGAAAAUUUCAAAAGAAUUGGGUGACAAAGCGGAAGAAGGAAAGGCGUAUUGUAAUCUUGGCAACGCCCAUUGCCAACUCAGAGAUUUUGAAACAGCCAUAUCCUACCAUGAAAGUCAACUGAAAAUUUCAAAAGAACUGGGAGAUACUUUGGGAGAGGGAAUAGCGUGUUCGAAUCUUGGUGGUGACUUUGAAUAUAAAGGCCAAGUUUCACAGGCUAUCGGAUACUAUCAACGCAGUAUCACCUUGUUGAAUAAAGUCAGAGAUCGUCUUCAGUUGAACGACGACUGGAAAAUUAGCUUACGCGAUCAAUACCAGACAACAUACGCUGCACUUUGGCGUCUGUUGUUGGCCGAUAACAAAGUUUCAGAGGCUUUGCUUUCUGCAGAGCAAGGACGGGCACAAGGUCUAAAAGACCUCAUGGCAUUCAGUUACGGUUUACACGUGAAUGAUCCUGAAUCAGGUCCAGAAAACAGUACGUUUCAAGAACUAUCCAGUUGCAUUCCUCUGAAUACAAUAUUUAUGGCGUUUGGAAAGGACGAAUUAGUUUUCUGGGUUUGUCAGCAAGGUAAAGAGUUUCAAAUAAGAAGACGGCAAAUCAGUUCGCAAGAUGAAGUCAGCGCUUUCUUUGCGUCUCUUGUAAACAUAAUGGGUCAGGAAACUGGUGCGCAAGAUUUUGUGGAAUGCGAAGAUCGCUCGCUCAAAUUGGCGAGUGAUGCAAGACUGGCUGCUAAAAGUUCGACUCGUGAUGGUAGGAAAAGCCAUCACGUACACCUUCAAAAAGAUGCUUUGAGUACAUUGUAUGAUAUUAUCAUUGGACCUAUUCAAAAUCUCUUAGUUGUGGGAAGUGAACUGAUAUUCGUCCCGGAAGGUCCGCUUUUCUUGGCUCCUUUUGCUGCAUUCAAGGGUCCAAAUUCCAAACACCUCUGUGAAUCAUUCAGAAUUCGCCUGAUUCCAUCUCUCACCAGCUUGAAAAUAAUUGGGGAUUGUCCGGUAGAUCACCACUGUAAGUCCGGCGUGCUUCUUGUUGGUGACCCGUGGGUGCAAGAAGUAGCAGAGCUAAAGCAGUUGCCAUUUGCCAAAGAGGAAGUAGAGAUGAUUGGUGAAAUGCUUGGUUGUACGCCUCUUAUUGGAAGACAAGCCACAAAGUAUGCGGUAUUAAGACGAAUCGGUUCGGUUGCUUUGGUCCACAUUGCUGCACACGGCUGCAUGGACACAGGCGAAAUUGCCUUGGCGCCAGAUGAUGCUAAGAUGGAUUUCAUUUUGACAAUGAGGGAUGUACUGCGUGUUAAAAUGCGUGCGAAACUGGUUGUACUCAGCUGUUGUCAUAGUGCUCAAGGAGAAAUCAAAGCAGACGGUGUAGUUGGCAUAGCAAGGGCAUUUUUGGGUGCUGGUGCUCGUUCUGUUCUGGUGUCGUUAUGGGCGAUUGACGACAAGGCCACUCUUGAGUUUAUGAAAAAUUUCUAUCAACUUCUUGUGAAAGGAAAAAGUGUUAGUGAAGCCUUAAACCAAGCAAUGAACUGCAUGAGAGAAUCUGAGGAAUUUGGUGUAGUCAAGUACUGGGCACCGUUUGUGCUCAUUGGCGAUGACGUCACAUUAGAAUUGUCAGGAUACAAAUAAAUUUCCUUAAAGGUAAAGGUUAUUUUGUUUUUGAAAACACUCGUAUACUACACGGACAGCGUUUUGUACAGUAUUUUUCCACCCACUAUAACUCCGUAAUACGUUACGCUAACAAAAUAGAAGGCUUAUGUUUGGCAUUUCUAUCAUAGAGAGUUUAUUUUUUAAAUUUGUUUUUGUGCUCAUAAACUUGAUAAGCAUUUUUGAAACGGCGACUGGAGUUAAUUCGCAUUACCUUUGUAAAUCAUUACUUAAAAAACAGGUUAGUUUUUUUUUUAUAAUUUACCAAUAUAGAUCAUUGUCGUUAAGCACUAUAUUCAAACUUGAUAAAGCGUACCAACACAUAUUCUAUUAUUGAAUCGAUUACCUUUAGUCUUUCCAUUGCAGUAUGCAUAAUAUGUGGUUAAUUUCAAACUGAAACUACUCAGAAUCAGAUCAUUCUUUUGUUUGGAUAAAAUCUUCCUGAAAUUUGUCGUGCUUUGUGUGCAUUCUCACGCCAGUGCCGCUCGGCUUUAUUUGUAACAAGUGCUCUGGGAACGGAAAUGUGCGAUUUUUACUCCUCAUUACACUGGCAACAGCAAUGACUAAUCAAUCCGUCUAUGGAAUCUAAUCAAGUUUGCUUGACAAGAUUUUACCUUGACAGUGAAUUAUUCGUUUCUUUUGUUUCUUGUAGCAAAACAGGCUCAUACACUCCGGCUAGGUUUAAGGCGUUUUAUUGAGCUCCUUUUAAUUGAGUCAAGUUCCGUGGGGGAGCUUACUCCCUAUAAUGACCUUUACGGGGAGGCUCCGCCAGGAAGGAAUACCUUUUUUAAGAUUCAGGUACAUGAGCUUAAACGAAGUUAGGGAUUUCACUAGUUGAAGUACAUGAAAGGGUUGGGAAAUCUGUUAUUUCGGUCUGUAAAAAGGCCCAAAAUGGCUAACAGAUGUAAUUUAUGGCUGUGAAAAAAGAGAACACCUUCUGAUUAUGCGGGAUAUAUUCAUAUUUUUUAAAGACAGUUCAUUUACAGCAGUUUAAAUAGAUGCAAAGUUCUAAACUUGGUAUGUGAAAGGGGGACCAUUUGUCAAGGUAUAAAAUAUGGUAUUUAAGACAUAUAAAAGGCUCAGGGGCUGUACCUUUGGGCGGAGCCUCCCUGUAUAAAUUUUCGUUGAAUACCCUCCGGGACUUUACAUAUCAGUUCCGUAAGCUAUAUUUUGAAAGACGUUUUAGCCUGAGAAAACAGCCGACAUUCAGGGCGACGCUACCACUGGUUUCCCCGCCAAAUGACGUCUGAGGAACGAGUGCAGAAAUUCCAUAUUGAUGACUCGUCACUAGCCGGAUCUGGGUCUGGGUAGUGCUUCUGAUUUGUUAAAUAAUAAUUCAGUUAAUAUAGCGCCUUUUAACAUUAAAAUGAUCAAAAUCAAACUUUCCACGCGGUACAACCAAUCAGAAGCACUACCCAGAUCUCAAGCUACCCCCGUUUGAAAGGUCAUUCUUAGUUUUUUAAUGAACGCAAACAUCGCCUUUCACAAUGUUUGGCAUUCAUAUGGUCAGUAAAAAAUGUAUUGUCGAAUAUCGUCUUGUUUAGUUUUGAAAUUACUAUUUUGGGGUAAGAUAUAUUAGUUUUGUAAUCUGAAGCUGUUAAACAUUUAAGAUUUAUCAUAAGCUAUCUUAGUUUGAAAAUCUUCGUGAAAUCGACUCUUUCACCCCGGUUAAAAGUUCCUUUGUAGUUGUUUUUCAUUGUUUUAAUUACGGGCCAAACUUUAAAAUUUGCCGGUGCUUCAGGAUACAGGACGUGGAACGUCACCUUAUAUUGGAGUACACGGAGUAUUUAAAUUUAGAUCAUCGAUGGCCAGAGACGUUGAGCAUUAAAAGGUAAACAUGCCGUUUGUCUUUUUGUCUUGUAGUUGCUGAGGAAAAGACCCGGGAAAAGAUCUGAAUACAGCAAUUGAAAAGAUCAUAACCAAACAUCCCCUUUAGCUGGUUACUCGACAGAGGGCAUUGGCUUCGUUUACUUUUCAUGUGGCAAAGGAAAAAAUGACGUGUUUCCCUAUAUUGUGAAAUCGACAAUGGAGUUGCUUAACCGAAUUUGCCGCUGUGUUUCUGCAACGGUGUCACGUGUUUCCGCUACGCUUAAGUUUACGGAUUCUUGAUUGAACGUCAGUUAAAUAACUAUCUAUAAAACUAUUAAUUUUAUUGCUAUACUUAAGACUUAGACAGUAUGUUAAUAAUUUUUUGCCCUUUAUCAAAAGUUGAUUAAUUCCGUGGAAGAAUCUGUAAAUAGCUAUUUAUUCUUUUAUCAAUUAUUUUAAUUCCGCCUCGUCUAAUACAUAUAUGUCUACCUUUGAUAUAAGUUUUAUUUGAAUAAACGACCUGUGCGAGCUAUUACCAUCUCAGACUAUAGAGUAUAGAGCACAUUCUACCCCCGGGGGGUACUCCUGGGAAUUCUUGGAGGGGUGUGCCGCUCGGUUCUUCAAAUCCUGACCCUAUUUCAGACUAAAAAUUGUAAUUUUCAGACCAGACCUCUAAAAUCCAUACCCGAUUUCAGACCUGGCCCUUAGGCAGAAAUUAUGUUGUAGAGCGCAAACAAAAAAAUUCUUCAAAUCCAUUUCGAAUUCACAUAUUUUCUCUCUUUCUUACUCAUUUGGAAUUGAAACGAUAAAUACGUUCAUACAAUCCCGUGGUUCCCUCGAAAACCAUACCAGAUUCGGGCAAAAUGUACACCCGUUUUCAGACCAAAAGGGCGCAAAAACCCUACCUGAUGGGGCGGCACAUACCUAUAUAGCUUAUAUAAGGGAGUACCCCCCGGGACAUUCUGCUCCCUUGUUCGUUCAACUGGACGUGAUUUACAUUUAUUUUUGGCAAUUUUCAGUAUUUUUGCAAAACAUCUUAGCUUACCAUGCAGAUACCUCAAGUUAAGCAGACAAGCUCGACAUGCAACUGAGAAAUUGAGAAAGUAUGAUCAGUGAAGUAAAACAAACAAAAUACUGUUCAUUUUUCAACAAUAGACUUUAUUCCAAUUGCCACCAUCUUUGUACUUACUGCGUUAGGAUUGUUGGGAUAAAUAGCUAUCUCGUGAUUUCUCAGGGGGGUAAACAAGUGAAAGAAGCUGUUAAUACAAAAAACCGCGGUCGAGUUUGUCCAUUCUAAAGAACAGAAAAUGAAGAACAUUUAUCUUAAAGACGAUAAUGGCAAAUUAUGGGUGGAAGUGAUCAUAGUAGAUGUCCUCACAGCAAGCAAUAAAU